GGUGUGAGGGGGUGUGAGGGAUGAGUCGGAUUUACGAUAACGCGGUCCUUAGGAACAAACCUGUGAACUCGGAGCAGGUGUCUGCGCUCUGGGAGCCGGUGGCCCUCCAGGGAGGUAAUGGAGUGAUCCUGGAAGGGGAGUUGGUGGACGUCUCCCGCCAUGUGAUCACAGAUAGCGGUAAAAAUAAGGAUCGCUACUUUAUUCUGUACAUCAAACCGACAAGGAUCCACAAGAGAAAGUUUGAUUCUCUCGGAGUGGAGAUGGAACCAAACUUCAGUGAUACAAAGAAAGUAAACACGGGCUACUUGAUGUCUUCCUUCAAAGUGGAAGCCAAAGGACAGACAGACAAGAUAUCAGUAGAGGAGCUGAAGAGACUGCUGAGCAAACCGGCGCUGCUGAGAAUCUCCGAGAAGUACACGCCCGACCACACAGUGGCCUUUUGGCUCCCCGAGGGGGAAAUGGAAAAAAUUGAGCUUGAGAUGGGAGAUGUUUUGCGUUUGAAGACCAGAGGUGACGGACCGUUUAUCUUUACUUUGGCAAAAGUGGAUGCUGGAACCGUAACGAAAUGCAACUUUGCAGGCGAUCAGGUUGCUGGAGUCUCCUGGACUGAAAAAGUCUUCGCUGCUAAAACUCAAAAGGAGCAAGACUCCAAAAGUGGUGGGCAAGGAGAAGGUGCAGAGGAGGAUGAAUGGGAGGACUAAGGUUCACAGCUUAGUUGGAUCAUUAGCAAGAUACAGGAAUGCCAGAAGAAAUGUCUGUCUGUCUCCUGAAAUGAUUAGAACAGGGGAAGGCUACGUCACAUGAUGAGGGCAAGCAGGAUUGAAGAGGACCAACCCUUCUUUCACUUAACAUUUUCCUCCUCUCACCCCCCACCCCACCCCCUUGUCCCUUGUCUCUUCCUUC